UCACUGACUUUGGAGGUUUGCUUGAGUCUCAAAAAUAAGGAAAACAGAAGUAUCUCACACCGCGUUCAGUUUUGUAUCUUAGUCCGAGUUUUUUGAAAAACCUGUUAGUUGUUGAUUGCAUAUUACGAAAGUGCUUAUUAGUACGUGUGUUUGAGUGUUGGUGUUAGUUUUGUUUUUACGUGUUUGUCGAUGAGAAGCUAUGUGACUAGCUAAAAGUCGUUAAGCUAACUGUAUCCCGAAGGUGAGCGUUUCUACUGUUACAGUAAAGUUCAGAUGAGUAAGUGUCACCGAUGGAAAUCACCCCUAAAGCUGCCAAAUUAAAGUCUGUGUACUCAUCACCGUGUGAUUCAGUGGAGUCAAGCCCCUGUGAAUACAAAGAGGAAAAGCAUCAUCAGAAGCUGAGCUCCUCGCUGAAGGAGAGGCUGAAGAGAACAAGGCGCUCCUUCACCUCGCCCUUCUCUGUGGCCAAACGCCUUUGUGUUGAUGAUGAGGAGUAUGAUGGCCGACAAGUUUCAGCAGAUUCCCGGGACAUGGUUAAUAACCCUCCACUGAUCGUGCCCAGUGUUGAUGUAAACAGAAAUGAAGAGACAUCAGGGAGUGAGAAGUUUUCUGGAGCCAGUCCCAAACCAACACAUCCUCCUUCCAAAGGCUUUAAACAACAACGAGACCAGCUGAGGAAGGAGGUUAAAGACAAGGCGGAGACUCUGCGCAGACUCAAGAUGGUGAAAAUGUACAGAAGCAAGAAUGACUUAACGCAGCUCCAAACCCUGAUUAACAAAUGGAGGAGUUGUGCUCAGGCUGCACUGUAUGAGCUCCAGUCAGACGUCCCUGUAGACGGACGAAAGGCCAGCCUGUCGGAACUGAUUGACCUCUUUGGUUUGGAUGAUGGCAUCCUGCAUUUUGACCGCACAGAAGAGGACUUCACUACCUAAUAAACGUGCUUU